CGGCGGCGGGCACUGCUGCGCGCGGCUCGGGGGCGCUCCUGGCCGAGUGAGGCUAGAUGUCCCCUAAAGGCACAUGACUUUUAUCUUUUGAGCUGUGUAUGAAGUAAUUUGUAGACAGCACCCAUCUCUGGGAAAGCACCCACAUACCUCUCGUCACUGCCCAAAUGGACAUUUGAAAGUGUUUGAAAGUGCUGGUUGUCAAACGUUCGCGAGCAUGGAAACCUCAUCAAUGUUGUCCUCACUGAAUGAUGAGUGUAAAUCAGACAAUUACAUUGAGCCUCACUACAAGGAAUGGUAUCGAGUAGCCAUUGAUGCACUGAUCGAACAUGGGUUAGAAGCAUACCAAGAAUUUCUUGCCAAGGAACGAGUAUCAGACUUUCUAGCUGAAGAAGAAAUUAAUUACAUUUUGAAAAAUGUCCAGAAAGUUGCACAAAGUACAGCAUAUGGUACUGAUAACUCCUAUGAUGAUACCUCAUCUUCAGGGACUUACUGGCCCAUUGAGUCUGACGUGGAAGCUCCAAAUCUUGACUUAGGCUGGCCGUAUGUGAUGCCCGGACUCUUAGGCGGUACCCAUAUAGACCUCCUCUUUCAUCCACCAAGAGCACACUUACUUACAAUUAAGGAAACUAUUCGGAAGAUGAUAAAAGAAGCAAGAAAGGUCAUUGCUUUAGUGAUGGAUAUAUUCACAGAUGUGGACAUUUUCAAAGAAAUAGUGGAGGCAUCAACUCGAGGGAUAUCUGUAUAUAUUCUGCUUGAUGAGUCCAACUUUAGUCAUUUCCUAAAUAUGACUGAAAAACAGGGCUGUCAAGUUCAACGACUCAGGAAUAUUCGAGUGCGGACAGUAAAAGGCCAAGAUUAUCUUUCAAAAACAGGAGCAAAAUUUCAUGGAAAAUUAGAACAGAAGUUUUUGUUAAUUGACUGCCAGAAAGUUAUGUAUGGUUCUUACAGCUACAUGUGGUCGUUUGAGAAAGCUCACCUUAGCAUGGUUCAGAUAAUCACAGGGCAACUUGUUGAGUCCUUUGAUGAAGAAUUUAGAACUCUCUAUGCCAGAUCCUGUGUCCCCAGUCCAUUCGCCCAGGAAGAAUCAGCAAGGGUGAAGCAUGGCAAAUCACUCUGGGAGAAUGGCACCUACCAGCGUUCAGUUUCUUCACUAGCUUCUGUUUCCAGCCAAAGAAACCUUUUUGGCAGACAGGACAAAAUUCACAAACUAGACUCUAGUUACUUCAAAAACAGAGGGAUAUACACUCUAAAUGAACAUGACAAAUAUAGCAUAAGAAAUCAUGGCUACAAGCCUCAUUUUAUUCCAAAUUUUAAUGGUCCAAAUACAGCCCGUCAGUAUCAAUCCAGUCAAAUAAAUGAAAAUUGGAAGAGGCAUAGUUAUGCUGGGGAACAGCCAGAAACAACACCAUACCUGCUGCUUAACAGGGCUCUGAAUCGAAACAUCAAUCCUCCAGGUAAUUGGAAAAAGCCUUCGGAUAGUCUGAGUGUGGCAUCCUCAUCACGAGGUGGCUAUGCAGGUCACCGUAAUACACCUGCCCAGAGUUUUGCUGAUCGGCUUGCCCAAAGAAAAACAACAAAUCUCGCAGAAAGGAACUCAAAUGUGCGGCGGUCUUUUAACGGGACAGAUAAUCAUAUUCGCUUUUUGCAACAACGAAUGCCAACCCUUGAACAUACCACAAAGUCGUUCUUGCGUAACUGGAGAAUCGAAUCCUACUUAAAUGAUCAUUCAGAAGCUGCACCUGAUUCAAAUGGAUCGGCUCUAGGUGACCGGUUUGAGGGCUACGAAAGUUCUGAAAAUUUGAAAGCCAACGCCCUUUAUACUCAUUCUCGGCUUCGUUCCUCUUUUGUGUUUAAACCCACUUUACCUGAGCAGCAGGAAGUUAACAGUUGUACAACCGGCUCCUCAAAUUCAACUGUCGUCGGUUCCCAGGGAAGUGACACACCUAAGGAGGUCCUGGACACCCCUACUAGUGUACAGCAUGUGACAGACAAGCCCUUGCCGGAAUCAACCCCAAAGCUCCCAUUGCAGUCGGAGGCACCCAAAAUGCACACCUUGCAGGUUCCCGAAAACCACUCAGCUGUCUUACAUCAAACUACAAAUGGCCAUCCAGAGUCAAACAACUAUUUAUAUACAUCCUUGUGUGUAAAUAAGCAGACAGAAAAUCCAAAGAAUCAACAAAAUGAGAAUCUGCUCAAAAGGCGAAGUUUUCCAUUCUUUGACCACUCAAAAGCCAAUUUAGAUCACGGACACAGUAAGCAUUAUGUAUAUAGUACACUCACCAGGAGUCGAGUUAGACAACCAGAAAAACCCAAAGAGGAUUUGCUGAAAAGUUCUAAGAGCAUGCACAAUGUGACUCAGAGCGUGGAAGAGGACAGGGAGGUCAUCAAGAGAGACCCUCCGAGUGGCACUACCACCAAGUCAAUUUCCAUUGCUGCUUUGCUUGAAAUGAAUAAAGAUGAACCUAGCAAAGAACUGACUUCAAAAAAGGAAGUUAAAGGUUCACCAAGUUUUUUGAAAAAGGGGUCUCAGAAGUUAAGAUCAUUACUUAGCCUUACCCCAGAAAAGAAAGAAAAUCUAUCCAAAAAUAAAGCACCUGCCUUUUAUAGAAUGUGUAGCAGUUCUGACACGUUAGUUUCUGAGGCUGAAGAGAAUCAAAAACCAAAGAAGUCAGAGCCAAAAAUUGAUUCAUCUCCCAGAAGAAAGCGUUCUUCCUCAUCAAACUCUCAAGGCAGUAUUCACAAGAGUAAGGAAGAUGUAACAGUUAGCCCAUCCCAGGGGAUCAGUUCUCCAUCCGAGGAAGGUAGUAAAACAAUACCUUCUUCAGGUCCAGUUGAGAACAAGUUCUUGGAAAGGGCAGGUGAUGCUUCUGCCCCUAGAUUUAACACCGAACAGAUCCAAUACCGAGAUUCAAAGGAGAUUAAUACAGUUCUUGCUCCUGAAAGAAAACCAGCUUCUUCUCCAAGACCAAAGCCCAAUGAGCUUCUAAGAUCUCACUCAACUGACAGGCGCGUUUACAGUCGUUUUGAGCCAUUUUAUAAGAUUGAAAGCUCUAUUCAGCCUGCAAGCAACCUGCCAAAUACUGGUGUGCAUCGCCCAGAAAUAAAAUCCACAACUGUGGGCAAUAGUUAUGGCAGGUCCAGCCCACUGCUUAAUUACAAUACUGGUGUAUAUCACUCAUACCAGCCAAAUGAAAACAAGUUCCGAGGAUUUAUGCAGAAGUUUGGAAACUUCAUACACAAAAAUAAAUGAAAUACUGUAACUUCAAAUAGUUUUAAAAAUACAAAUGACUGUAACUAUAAAUAUUUGUCCAAAGAACCCUGUGGAUGGUUUUUGUAACAUGUCAAUAGAUUUCUAUAGGGACAGAGUUUGGGGGUGUGAUGUAAAUGUUUACCAGUGUACUAAUGUAUACAGUAAAGUUCUGUGUGAUAAAGUUAGUUGUACUUAAUUGCAGUGUAGAUGGAAUGUCUCUAUACACAUGACUUUUAAAUGGUAGUGGUAAAAAAAAAAAUGUAAUUGUUUUCUUCGGACUGAAGAUCUUCUUAAGUCUCAAAAUAGAAACUUUAGUGGAGAGAUGGUGUAUGGAUUUUAAGCAUUCAUUCUAAAGCCUUUCCCUUGAAAAAAGGAUCAUUAUACUCUCAAUGGCCCUUUAUAAUAUGUCUUUAUGGGUUCUCAUAUCUUCACAUUAUGAGAAAAUAGGACAAAGCCUUUUUGGGUUUUAAUUAUCUUUAAAUUCUACAGGGUAACUCAUUAUAUUUUAUUAGUGUUUUAUUAAUUUUCCUGUGGAACAUAUGCAACUGGUUGGGCAGCAACAGUACAAAUUAAGUUAUAUAGCUCAGCACAUCUUUCAUUUUAAUUGAGGUGUUUGCAGACUCUCGGCCUCAUAUAGUACAUGGUAGGAAUUUCUUUUCCUAAUUUUUUGAAAACCAUCCAGGUUGUGUUUCUUUCCACUCUGGACCAAGGGAGCCUAUAUUCCACUCACCAGUCAGCUGCUGAACUUUUAUAACCAUUCCUUCUUUGAAACUUAGAGCAAGCAAUAGAUAUUUGGGAAACUUGAAUUGUAAACUUCUGCCUAAAUUUUUAUUUUGGAUUAGUAUGGCAAUGCUUAGUGUUUUGCUUACACAAAUCCUUGAUCUUUUUUACACUGUGCCAAAUACAAUAUGACUGUGUACUGUUUUCAUAAAAGUUCUGUGAUGAAACUGAGAAUUGGUAUCUGGCCCAUUUCUUCCAUGACAGUCGAGCCUGGUUGAAAGUUUUAAAUCCUUUGAUAGCUUAAUCUGAUGAUGAUAUUUACAUCAGAAAAUACCCUUUGCCUUUCUUAGAGUAAUGAGAUUAAAGGCCCACAUCCAUUAAAGAGAUUUAACUUGACUUUACUUCAUCCACAAAGUACAGAAUUCAAGAAACAAUGCAUCAUUUGAGAAGUGUGAAGUGUUUCUAUAAGACUUUAAAUAUAUUAUUUAACAGCUUCUGAGCUGCAGUGUGGCCAGUAUGUUGUUUAAAAAUUCAAGACUAAGUUAAAUAAUGUCUAUGUCAUUAAAUUAAAAGAACAGCCUUAAAAUGUCAGUCAUUAAAAUAAUUGUCCAUAGUAUUAAAAUACCAUGAUAAGAACAUGACAAGAGAAAACAUGACAGUAGGGAAAAUAAAACCUAACAUUUAUUGAGCACUUUUAUAGAACCUAUAUUUCCCACAACAAUUAUUUUGCGGUACCUUUGUCCUCAUUAUUUGUAGGUGAUGAUUGAGGUGAUAAAUGAGAGGUAAGGCCCCUAACUCACGCAGUUAAAAGGUAAUGGUGCUAAAGUGUCUAACAUGCAGUCAUAUCCCUCCCAAAUGUGUUCAAUAUGGGCCUCACCUGAACUAUUGAGAAUUAAAUGAGAGAAUGUUUAUAUUUUUUGAUUCAACAGUAAUCUGCUAAGAAAGGUUUAGUUGAAUUCCACUGGACAACAAGGACACGCAGGGGCUUAAAAUAAUCAUAGUAGGUGAGAUAGGGAAUGAAAUUGACAUUAAUUUCCGAUUGUAACUUAGCAGGCCAGGUUUAAUUGCUAGGCCACCAUUUUGAUCUUGUGCUGGUUAACCUGUGACAACAAAAAGAAGGAAAAGGAACUAUAAGUGAAUUUAACCUGUGUUUGUGCUAGGGAAAGCAGUCCAUUGGGUUAGGAAGCUGGGCAGGGAAUGAACUCAAUGUCAAAUAUAUGAUCCCCUUAACUCUUGACAAUGGCCCUGUGAAGUACGUACAUCCUUUUUUGCAAAUGAGAAAACUAGUCCUCAGAGAAGUUACAAAAAAAUCUUCCAAGAGUUGCAUGGCUCUGAAUUGGUAUAACUGGGUUUAAACACAAAAGCCUGUAGUUUUAAUACCUUUUUUUUUUUUUCUUUUUGAGAGAGAGAGAGUGUGACCAGGGGUGGGGUACAAGGGGGGGUUGGCCAGAGGACCGAAGCUGGGUCUAUGCUGACAGCAGCAAGCCCGAUGUGGGGCUCGAACUCGUGAACCGUGAGAUCAUGAACUGAGCCGAAGUCGGACGCUCAACCAGCUGAGCCACCUAGGUGCCCCCUGUAGGUUUGGUACUAUACCUUACCAUACCUUGUGGGCUUCUACUCCACCAUGAUUGAGGAACCUUUCCUGAAAGUUGUCUCUCUCCUUUGCUCUAUCUUUACAAAUUGUAGAAAUAUACCAGUAACUGUACAGCAAUAGCAUUUUAGAAACACAAAUCCAGAAUAUAAACUCAGUUUAACAUUAUUCAUAAAAGUGGAUUUUAAGACUCAUAAUCUUAUUGUUAUAAGAGUCCCAUUGUUUUGGAAAGCUGUGUAAUAGAUUGGAAAUUUGGCACAGUUCCUAAUAAAUUAAUAUCAUAAAAAUAAAAUUGAGAAGGAAAGUUAUUUUUCUUUCUUGAAAAAUAAUAACAGGAAAAGUAGCCAGUUGUGUUUACAAAAAUUUUGCAUUUUUUAAAUGACCUUUGGAAUGUGCAUUUCCUUAUAAUCAGAUAAAUUCAGUUGCAAUGAAAAAAACCUAAUUGCUAGUGGGUUAGUUUUCAGAAUCCUCUGGCAAUUGUAUAAUCUUCAUAUAUUAGUAUAAAAUUAUUAAAAAUCGUUUGGAGACCAGUGAAUGAAAGAGAUUUUUCAUUUUGCUCUUAGAAAAAGUCACUUUUGUAAUUAUGAACCGUGGUCCUUUACCCACUCACCAAAGGCAGAACCCAUAGCUAACCAAACCAAAUUGACUUUAAUAUUACCCAUUCUUUGUCUCUUAGAUGGGGCAAGGGGAUAAUGGGCUAAUUGUCUUUAGGCAGCUCUGAAAUUGGAGGCCCUAAAAUGUAGAGCAAGAUAACUUUGAAGCUGAAAUUACAUAGACUAGUUUUAAUCAUGUUUAAUUACAAGCAAAAGCUUGUUGCUUUUUUGUACAGCCACUGCCAUCAUUUCUGGAAGCAUAGAUAGCUUUUAAAUAGUCCCUGAAUCCCUCCUCUCCCUAGUGGAAUUGAGAAGUGCAGGGUGCUUUAUUUCAUCUACCUGUGACAAGUAGCUUGGGCUUUUGCACAGAUUUAUAUUCUUCUACCUUUUUUUUCCCCUUUUAUUUAUUUAUUUUUUCCUCCAGAAACAUCUGUAUUUCAGAAUCUAUACUUUCCAAAGUUUCUGUGGCUGAGAAAUUCCUCAGGGUUAAGACUGAGUAAGCACGUAAUAUUUCAGAUAAUUUACUCAAGAGUUUAAGUUUUAAACAGACACUAUCCAACUUUAUGGAUAUAAUCAUUUUGAGCAAAACACUUUUUCUCCCCAUAUCAAUAUUGGUGGAAAGAUAAUGGCACUUAGAUGUAUUUUCAUAUUACGGUUUGGUAAGGCAGUUUUUACUCUACAUCGUACAUUAAUUUGUACGCAGAAACUCAAAAAGAUAGGUACAAUUUCAAGGUAGUUUUGGGCAGAUGUCUUCAGAAUAGUUGAAGUACCUACAUCCUGAACAUGCUGGUAUCUCUCUACUAUUAUAAUUGGGAUUAGCCACAUUUCUAAUGUGGUGUGUUGAGUGAUGGGUAUAUGUUGGCAGUCUACUUUUUAUGGAAGCAAAUGACCUUGUUUAACCAAGACGACAUCUAGUGUGAUCCAGAUAAGCAAGGAAGAAGUUGAACUCUGGCUACAUUCAACUUUAACUUUACUCCAGAUUAUCCAGUUAUUCAACUCUUAUUCCACAGAUACUUGUCUUUCGUGAAUAUCUGUUGAGUCAAUGUGACUAUGGCCAAGGGGUGUAAAGAAGAGUCUUUGUUUCACAUUAACUACAUGUGAUACUGUUUGAAAAAAAGUUUGUCUUAAUAGUUUGGAUCUAGAAUACUUAAAAGGAUGAAAUUAUAAACCAAAGAGUCAAUUUUUGUAUACAUAAAUGUUAUCAAAGAAGUAUUCUUCCAAAUUAG